UGUCAACGAUACAUCAGUGAUGGCGAAUAACCAUGAGUUGGUGUACUCGAGGCUCAACCAGCUCCAAGGCAGUCUGAUGCUUGCCUCAGUUGUCGAGGUGGUCUUAGGGGGAACAGGUGCCAUUGGGAUGGCUCUUCGUUUUGUCGGACCAAUUACCAGCUCCGUCACAAUUUUCCUCCUGGGAUAUUCUCUCUACCCCAUACCUAUAUCAUACAGUAAAAGCUAUUGGCCGGUAGCUUUAACGACUUCCCUGGUGGUGAUAAUAUGCGGAGUAUACCUGGCCCACGUGCGGGUCAGCCUACCCCGGUGUUGUAGGAGGCGUGGUGCUCCCGCUAAAGGCUACUCCGUCUGUGACGUUUUCGCGAUUCUGAUCAGCAUCGUCCUGACCUGGGUACUGUGUUUCGUGUUGACACGAGCGGGAGUGUUCCCGGACGAUCAGACGGACCCAGCAUACAAAGCACGGACAGACACGAGGACUGUCCUCAUAGAAACAACGCCCUGGUUCUUCUUUCCGUAUCCGGGUCAGUUUGGCGCCCCCGGAUUUAAUAUGGCAUUAUUUAUUGGAUUUCUGUCCGUGGUGCUAUCGUCAGCCAUGGAGUCGGUGGGGGACUACUUCACAAUAGGCAAGACGUGCAACGCCUUCCCCGUCCCUCCACACGCUGUCAACCGGGGCGUGCUCAUCGAGGGACUUAUGAGUGUCCUUUCGGCAUCUCUCGGUACGGGCCAUGCCACCACUUCAUACACCACAAAUGCAGCCGUUGUAGCAAUAACGAAGGUAGGCAGUCGGUACGUACUAGCGUUAUCGGGAGCUAUGGGGAUGGUGCUGGCGGUGUUUGGAAAGCUUGGAGCUGUCAUGACGUCAAUGCCAGACCCUAUCAUUGGCGGAAUAACUCUUGUUAGCUUAGGAAUCGUUCUAUCGCUGGGGAUCUCUGGUCUGAGGGUAGUCGAUAUGACAUCUUCUCGGAACAUCUCGGUUGUUGGUAUGUCCAUAUUCAUACCGAUAAUAAGUUCCGAAUGGCUUAACAGAAAUCCUGGACAAAUUCAAACAGGACAUUACGAGCUUGAUAAGGUGAUAGAGAUCAUAAUUGGAUUCCCGAUGAUAUUGGGAAUAAUCAUCGCAGUCACUCUGGACAAUACAGUCAAGGGAACUCGAAAGGAGCGAGGCUUUGAUAACGUCCAAUCUAAUCCUGCUAACGUUUCACCUGGAAGCAACACAGAAACUGCAAUAGGCGCGCGCAGAUCUAGAGAGGAGAAUAAAAGAAGGGAACUAUUUGCCGUGCCCUAUAUAAAUCGCCUGUGUGGGACGAACAGAUGUUUUAGAUGUCUGCCCUUUGUACAGUCGGAUAUCUAUUCUAGUAUUGAUCAUGUUAUUUAAUAUAACAAUUGUGUAUAUUGAUUGGAUGCAGGACAGGUAGUAGUUCUUUCCAUCAAGUCAACAACGAUUUGAUAUCAUAAAACAUCUAACAUAUACCGAAGACUACGGAAACAUAAUUAUCGUUGUAAUAUAUAUUUCUUAGCAUAAAAGUCGAAUUCAGUGAAUUAACAGAUCAAACACAUACUAUAAAUAAAUCAUAUUUUAGAAAUCACAAACAAAACUUCUCGAUUUUAAAACACAACUUUACAUUUCGUUAUACUUUAGAUUAAUUACGUUUGAAUGAAACAGGUUCGUUACAAAAUAGGGUGUAUAUUACGAUCAUGCUGUCUCGCAAUGGUAUAAAUAAAAUACAAUUCAACAAACAAACUGUCUUAACAAUUAAAGUCUAUAUUUUCAUUUGGGUUUAAUUUUGGUGAGAAUUUAAAAUCUGUGUAUUUUUUAUUAAAAAUAUUUGAAAAACCGUGUCAGCCAGAUUGGGGUUUUUUUCAUAAUAAAGACAGUGGUUAAUAUAUGUCUUAAAAUCGAUCGAAAGAGUGAUAUUCCUGGCCAGCCCGUGGUUGUCGCGUGAAUAAAGUUCAUUAAGAAAU